UCGUGGGCUCGAAAUCUUAGGCCCGUUGGUUUAAAAAAAAAAGAAAAAUUCGAUAAGUUUGAUGAAACGGGCCUUGCGCAUGAACCCGUAAGGGGCGGAUGUUGCCACGCGGCGUACGCUGGUUGGUCAAGCGUUCCGCGUUGACGAGGAGGAAAGUCGGGCCACGUCUUGUUUCUUCUCAUUUUCCCCUUUCUCUGAAAAACUAGGGUUUCACCGUGAGAGGCGACUUAUCGUGCGACGACGAUUCCCGGCGUUUUUCUCGACGUAAUCGACGACGUCCUCUUCUCUCCACCAGCGUAGAUGGAUCCGGAAGAAGAUAGAAGACAUUCAAAGAAGCAACAUGAACACAUCAACAUGUUAAGUUUCGUGGCGGAUUCUGAGUACGGUAUUCCUAAAAGGUGUCCGUGUGGUGGGAGACUCAUAAACGAGGUGCGCGGGGAGGAGGACUACGACACUCUUCCUGGGAAGCGGUUCUUCACCUGCAGAAACUACGAGGCUGAUGGGCUCCAUUAUCGUCAGCCUUGGGUGAUAGGUGUGCAGGAGGAGCUCGAGAGGCUAACUAAACGGGUGGAAGAGGCUGAGGAGGUGAUGCUGGGGGUGUCCACUCUUAGUAAACGGUUUGAGAGACUUGAGGAACAGGUUAAUUCACUCAAUGAGGCUGUCUAUGACCUCACUGUGCAGGUCCAUUCCCUCGAGAAGGUCUGCUUCGAUUGACAAUGAAAGGUCACGGGUUGGAGGUGACAGUGUUGCAGGUCACGGGUUGGAAGUUUAGGUUGUUGCAGGUCACGGGUUAUGUUUCUUUCUACACUGCAGGUCAAUCAUGUACUAUGUCUAUGUAUUUUGCUAUUGUUGUAACUCUGAACUUGGUUCACGGAUGUACUGAACUUGAUUCACGGAUGUACUAUGUUGUAACUCUAUGUCUCUCUAUUUAAAUGAUGUCUCUACUCUCUGCUUUUUAAUCAAAGUGAUCUUCUAUUUCUUCUCUUGCUAUUGUUUCUCUUCUGUGUGUUGCUCUUGUUUGUCUUGUUUAUUUCAAAGUGAUCUUCUAUUUCUUCUCUUGCUCACGGAUGUACAACAUACAACAAACUACAACAACUAAAUUCAAACAACAAAAACCUACAACAAACUACAACGUAAAGGCCAAUGACCUGGCUUGUGGCAAUGGAAGCAAUCACCAGUUCGCAUGGCUAACCAAGGAGUGAAGUCCGUGACCAACAAACACACAUACAAGAGCAACUACCUUCAACAACAAACAAGAGCAACUACCUUCAAGAUUGGUAAGAAAAUAUGGUUGUAGAAUAAAAUAUGGAUGAAGAAAAAAUUGGAUUCUUUAAAAAAAAUGGUUUAUGAAAAUUAGAAAGAAUUUUAGUUAAAAUAUAAUAUGAUUGAAGUUAAAAAUUGGAUGCUUAAAAAAAUAUGGUUGUAGAAAAUUAUAAAGAUUUUUAGUUAAAAUAUAAUAUGAUUGAAGUACAAAAAUAGGAUUCUUAAAAAAAAAUGGUUUAUGAAAAUUAGAAAGAAUUUUAGUUAAAAUAAAAUAGGAUUGAAGUUAAAAAUUGGAUUCUUAAAAAAAAUGGUUUAUGAUAAUUAGAAAGAUUUUUAGUUAAAAUAAAAUAGGAUUCUUAAAAUAAAAUAUUAAAUUACAAAUCCCCUUUUGUCAUGUUAGGAAGAAAACAUCAACAAUGUCAUCCUCAUCAAGUGAUGAAGUUGAUGAAGCUAUAGAAGAAAUGGUCGACGAAGUAGUUGAUAAUUACAUCGACUCAAUAGUUGAGGUCCAAGGUAAGAAGCCAAAAAGACGUGCUUAUAUCGACAGAGAUCGGGAACAAGGACACAAUCAACUAUGGAACGAUUAUUUCAAAGAAAAUCC